AGCACGAGACUGUGCCCGCAAUGCGAGAGCCAUGCUAUGAGUGUGCCUGUAAGUGCAGGCCAAAUGAUUGACACCUUGUCUGUCAUGCCUUUUGUCUCCGGUUGAUUGAUUUUCCACAGGCGCAGUGGUUUCUUAAAACUCAUAUUAUAGGUACAAAAUGGGGCAAGAGAGGGAUGAUUUUUUAUUCACAGAUCAUUUUACGAAUAUACUACUGACAAGUUUAUACUGACAGUAUUAUGAAAAAUGACAAAAAGUGAUUUUUGUUUAAUUACUCAAUUCACCCUUUUAUUAUUAUUAUUAUGUAUUAUUGAAAUAAAGUCAGAGUAUAUUGUGACUCAGUUGUUCUCCGUACGCCACUUAAAUUAAUUUAGGGAAGGAGUCUUUGACGAUGCAUUAACAUUUUGACGUGACAUGAAAGAGUUUUUAUAAGCACUUACGGACAAGAGUCUGGGUCUUGUCGACUACGCGAUUUCCAUCUUUGUUCUCAACCAGGUAGCCAAAUUGCUCCCGUACUGCUGACCUAAAUGAACUUGGAGGGUCUGCAGUUUCCUCCUCAUCUCAGUCAGAUGACUGUUACCAGAAAAAAGUAGUCACGUAACAACAAGUUGGAGGAGGCUUGCUGAAGAAAUGCAUCUUCAAUUUAGGGUUAAGUUUUAUUAUUAUUAUUAUUCAUUUAAAAUAAUGUUGUGACCUCCAAUGGCUGUAUCUGAAUUGGAGACACAAAUUAUGGGAGUUGGAAGCAGUGUCACAGUUAUACAAUUUCAAAGGUGUUCAUGUCUUCAACGUAUCGCGAUUUUUGGUUUCGAUGCUGUAUCGUAACAGGCUUAAUUUUCAGUAAUGCUAACAACAACUAUAGUACUGGAUUGACAUUUCCCCACAAUAUUAAAAUACAUCUUAUUUGUUAAGUGCAUGAAGUGGCCUUCUACCCACCUAUUUUUGAAUGCUCCUGGUGUUUGGUAUUUCUUAAGUAUAAUGCUGUAUGUUUUGCAUAUGUUUUGAAUUUUCGCCAGUUGAGUGUUUGGAGUGAUGUGAAGACUUGCCUCCACAGCCCAUCACGGCAUCAAAACACUUGAUGAAUGGAUUUCACAGAGUGAGCUGGUGUUGGAUGAUGGAGUGUUUUGUGGUUUCAAGCUGAUACAUGCAGAUUCAGUGGUGUGAUGUCAAGCCCUUUCACACUACAGUUCAAACACUCAUAUUAAACAAAACACCUAAAACAACAACUAAAUGUGCCAUUAACUCAUACAGUCAGUGGGGAUAAACAUGUUAUUUAAACUUUUUAUUCAUAUCAUUGGUUCCAUAAAAGUUGUGUGAGGAGCAACGCCUAACCACAAGUGAUUCAGAAUAUGUCAGCUUCGUUGCACUACCAACCACUAAGCCAGGGUUUUUGAAUAUCAUGGUUGGGUGUCAAUGUUACACUGUUUAUAGGCUUCAAGAGUGCCCUAAUGUGUGUAUCCUCAAAUGAACAUUUGACGAUGAUUAAAAGAUAAAACAAUUGACAACCUUGAGUAAGCUCUAUUUAAUGCAUCGUGAUUGGAUGUUUAAACUAUUAAAAAACAUGGAAAUACUAAACUACAUUCAAAACAGGUGAAAUGCAAAUUACACACCUCAUACAAAUCAUUCAUCCAUACGGGAUAAAUAGACUGAAUUAGAAAAAAAAGUGCGGAGGCGACAUUUAGUGGCAUUGCACCACUAAAUCCAUGUAAAUCCAGUGUGUCCUAAAGGCUGUGCAAAGAAGCAUGUGUUUAAACAAGGAACUCAGUGCUGAAGGAAUCCAUCCCCUCCUCUCCAUUUUCUUGUCUCCUGGUCUCCUUUGACCUCUGAUUUAGUUUGCAGCGAGUGGGCCCUACCAUCCUCAGGAAUGGCACUACUCCCACAUCCACAAUGCUAUUUUGGGACCAUUUGGAGAAUUGAUGACCGAGGGUGAUCUCAACCGCAUUGAGAAGCAAAUUGAGAACCUGCAAGUGAUGCACAAAGUCUCAGAAGUUGAGAAGGAGCUGGAAGAACUGGAGCAGGAGCUUCAUCAGCUUCUACCCGUUUCUGCAGCGCUCACUCAAGGACAUUUCUCAGUCAAUCCAAAGCAGGUGCAUGGCCAAGCUGAAGAUCUUCCAGCGUGGUGCAGCAAGAUUUCUACCUUGCUCAAGAGUAUGGCCAUUCUUCUUGCUACACUGGGGGGCAAAGAGAUUGGCAUUCUGGAGUUAAUAACCCCUAGAUAUUCUCAAAAAGGGAGAAAGAAUGUGGCAGUAAGUCAGCCAGAUCCAGCUACGGGAUUUAUUGGGCGCUCUCAGUCCUUCUCUACGAAGGAAGAUGUGGAGAAGGAGAUGAAGCAGUUUGGUGUAUCGGUGAAGAACCUCAAGGCCAAUUAUGAAAUUCAGUCACAGUCUGCAAAUAGCAAAGAAACAAGGGUGUAUAAACGCCAGAGCUCACUUCCAGUUGUAAGCAAGUAUAGUAAUGUGUGUUCCUCUGUUGAGCCGCCUCAGUCCCACACUAAUGAUACUUUGCUUUCAGUGGAGAAGUCCAUCUCGAAACAUACUGACGAGCCCGUUAUUGGGGCUUCUUAUGCUCCUCAAACCUAUGCAACCACUGAGAUAAUGGCUCAAACCAAGAUUCAGGAGUUUAACCAGGUUCUUUCUACGAACCUCAUUUUAAACAGUCACCAACCAACAAGAAGUUUGGAGGUGCAGACAGAUCUCAGCUAUGUUCAGGAAUGUAUUGAAACAAGGAAAGAGAGGAUUGUCUUCCUGUUCCUUGAACACUGGCGCAAGUACACCAUCUCUGAAUCUGGGAGAAGAGGAAAUAAUCUGGACGUGACCUGGGAGAACUUUAGUCACGUUAACACGGAGGAGGGGAUUGUUGGGGAGAUUCACAGUGAAGAUGAUAAGCUCCUCCUUUUCAUGAAGUCCAAGCAGGUAGUGGGGAAAUUGAUAGGCCACUGGAGGACCAUUAUGAGCCAGGUGCCCAGUCGCCAAAUUCGUAGGCUGAGUCGAGUCCAGAUGAUCUAUUGGCCUGAACACUUCUUGCCACACAUCGACGGCUCACCUGUGAGUUACGAAAGCCUGACGCUUGAUCUUUUCAUGCUCGGAUACUUCCAGCUUCUGGAAAUGAACAUGACUCGCAGCGAGCGCAAAUUCCGCCACCUCUUGUGCUACGAGAUGUUUGAUCGUCUUGGCAGGCAUCAGUGGGAAGUUAUAAAGCAGUUUCACAAGGAGGUAAUGGGGGAUAUUGAGAGAGGAAAGAGAGACUGGGUGGAUGGUUUUGAGGACAUCAAGCGCAAGUACUUUGGGGACUCUGAUGACGAGGGAGGUGUAAUGACAGCCUCUCUGCAUUCCAUGUCCCCUGAGACUGCCUUCAUUCCGAUGGAAGAGCCACUUCCGCCCCCACCCUGUCAUCCUGCACCCCGUCCGCCUCCAAAUACACAACCUACUCAGACAUGUGCCACACUGGGAUCUCAAUUAGAUUUGCCUUUUCUGUCACCUGCUGCAGCCAUGGAUGGUGCAUUUGACACCAGUCAGUGUGUGGAACAGAACACCCUGCUGGACACACUGAACAAUCGGCAGAUGGAUUUAAAGAGCACUGAGCACAUGUCAUUAAAUGAGCCGAAUGCUCAGCAAGAUGAGAUACAGAGGGUGACAAAUGUGCAAAACACAGACGCAAUAAACACAUAUGAGACACUGCAGGACACUGUACAAAGCCAGGAAGCAGUUCCAGUUAAAGACAUUACUGUUAAAACCAUAGCAGAACCUGUUAAUAAAACUCGACCUAGAGAAAAAGACGAUUCAAUUAAAGUGAUCUAUGAACUCAAGGAGUUUAGUAAUGAGGAGAUUAUUAGGUACAUUGAUCGAAGUUUCGCCUUCUGGAAGCAAAAGGAAGCUGAGCUUUUUGACAUCUAACAUGUCUUGACUAUAUAGCGAAAUUUAAAUAGACAGACAACGAGCAUGAGCUGUAAAAUUAACCGGCACUUACCAGUAAGUUCAGAAAGUAAAGUAAUUGGUUGCGUUUGCUUUUAGGCCAUGUCACAUGAGGUACUUAACAGCUACAAAGGGCAUCCCCUUAGCUCUACUGGAUGAAAAGAAAGUCAUGUCUAAAGUCACACACAUGUUGCAAGCAUUAGAAACAUUUUCAUUAAAGAACGUAUACAGCAAAAAUAAACUGCAAUGUUGGAUUUGUUUUGUGAAAAGUUUGAUUUGCCAUACAUGUGCUUGCUUAGAUGGGCUCUGAGAAGAUGGCAAAAAACAGCAGAGGUUACUUGAAUCAAUGAAUUAGUAUUUGCAGUCUUAAAUAUCAUUAUACAGCAUCACAGGAAACAUAUGUCUUCCUAAAAACAGUUUGUUUGACAGAAAGGACCAAAACAGAACAUUUCUAACUUCAAUUAGUAAUAUGCAGGGCUCCUAAGGUUCUUAUGACUCAUAAGGCUAAAAGGCAGUAUCAAUCUUUUUUUCAUAACCAUCUUUGAUUUGACAUGUUAGACCUGUUGUUUUCAACUGUUGCAUUUUCCUAUUGCAAAGUCUUGACCCACUUUUAUAGAGGUGAAGAGGAAUUCAUGAAAAUGAAGUAUUGUUCAGAAAUAGCCUUUGCUUACAUGUUAAAUGUCUUUCAGAGCACCUUAAAAAACUGAACAUGAACAUGACAACUAGAUGUUUAAAUAAAUAAAUAAAUAAAAUCGGUUCCCCGCUAUUUGCAGGGUACUAUACCGCAAAUAGCCCAAAUCUGCAAGUAAUUGACGCCUACCCCCAAAGGUUUGGAAUUGCCUUUGAUGCCACAAAUUAGCACCAAAGCAAUAUUUUAUUACAUGGCUUUGGCCUGAGGACAAAAAUAGUGAAUAGGUGAGUAUUUCAGCAAAUAACUGAAGAUGGGCUCCCCUGGAAAUAAAUAUAUAUAUAUAAAUCAGUAAACAGGGCGAUUAGGAAUAUGCGGGGGUUCACUGUAUGGUAAAAUAAAAUACGGCCACAAAAUUUCACUUACUGUGUGACUUGGCACUGAUCUCAUGUUUUUAGGAAAGUCCCUCACCUAAUAUGUUCCACGUGGGAAUUAAUUCAGUAUGGUACAAAGACGUACCAAAUAAAAAAUACUGUACAUGAACUGUGACACCCCAAGUAAUAAAGUUUCUGAUGCAUGCCUGUCAAAAUGUUAUUUUCCCCAGAUAAAAGACAAGUACAACAACUGAUGCACGUUCAAGGUUUCACUGUACAGGGGGUCCUCUCUUUGCAAUGGAGUUCCACUCUACACAUAUUUGUAUGAAAACCACUUACAUAUAUUCUAAUAUGAAACAAUCCAAUUAAAAACAGUAGCUGACCGUGCCUUCUUGUACCUUGACAUGAGAUUGUCUUUGUGCACUGUUGCGCAGUCUACUAUUGUACAUUGUGCUCCAUUUAUAACCUCGUUGUACCUCAGAAUCGUCGUAGACCGAAGACCCCCUUAAUUUUUUCGGCUCUCUAUCUGUACAUUGACUCAGUUUUUGGUCCUGACCCACCAGUUCAGAAUCACUGUGUUAGACCUCAGAAUCAUUUCUAUUUAUGGACUAUGCAACAACACUGCUUAAUGUACUAAAUAUCGGAAUUCACUGAUUCACAGUUUGUGACUGCACCAUGAGAUCUAUUCUGCAUUUUAAGACUAAUUUUGUGUCGUUUGUGUGGUAGGAAAUUUCCCAGAUUUAAAUGUGUGUUAGUAUCUUGCUGUUAUAAAUAAAGCUGUUUACAUUUUUUGUGAAUAUGUAAUCUCGUGAUCUUUUUGAUAAAGUAGAACAACAGUAUAUAUAUCGUCACCUUCCAAAAAUAAAGCCUGUCAUUUGUUCAGUUUUUCCAGAAAAGACAAAAAACUGAACCAAAUACUGAUUAUAUUUAAUAAUUUCAUUCAUAAAGGUAGAAUUGCAUAAUAUGGGGAUGUUGGCGAUUUUAGCAGAGGUGGCUAGCAUCAUGAAGAAAUUAUUUCGAUGCAAAAAAAAGACCAUUUUGUCAAAAAGGAACGUGACAUUUUGUAUAAUACUUCCUAUUAUCUAAAAUGGAAGUUGGAUCAAUACAAAGAGACAAAAUGUAAGUGUGUAAUCCCUGGCUGUGAGGCGUUGGACUGUAAGAUGUCCACUUUUGCCAUUACGUCUUCCAGCAUUGAGAUUACCUUCGAAUAACCCUCUUACCAACUCCCGCUGCCUUGCUUGCUAUCUUUGGCUUAGAAGCCAUAAAGAGGUUUUAGCGACUCUUUAUCAACUGCAACUUCUCAAAUGGGAAUGCAGUCAACAUUUAUGUUACACAAUGUGAGCCAUUUCCUUGAGUGGAACCAGUGCUACUGUCUGCCAAAAUUGCAAACAGACAAAAUGAAUUGUAUUAGGGAAGAUCACUGUACUGAAAGAUUCAUAAGUCAUUUAGGAUCAUGAGCAGUGAAUCCAUCUUUAAUUAUGGAACAUUUCAGAGUAACAAUUUAAAAACAUCCUAAAAGGAAGCAACCAUGAUACUUACAGUAUACUUUGUACACAUGGUAGACUUUUGCUUCAGUAUUUCAAUUUUAAAAUCCUAUUUUGGUCGCAUCCUUAUUUAUGCAUUUAUUUAUUGUCAAAAAGAUUAGCUCUUAAAUAUUUGCUGCAUGUCAUUGCUUUGCCCGAAUGGACUGAAACACAAGAUCUCAAUUACUUUCCAUCUAUCCAUUUUCAAUGCCACUUAUCCUCAUUACGGUUUUGGGCACAGGGUGCUGGAGCCUAUCCCAGCUGACUUGGGGGGAAAGGCAGACUACACCCUGAACUGGUCGCAGGUCACAUAUAUAGACCAAUAUAGUCAAUCAUUGACACUUGCAUUCACACCGUCACUUAGUGGGAACUGAACCUGCGCUGCCUACACCAAAGUCAGACAAAUGUACUACCACCCCAUCAGUGCUUUUCUAUGACGUAGAUUCCAUAAUGUACUAAUUUGGGACUGCUAACAACUUAAUCUGUCUUUUUUAUAUAUUUACAACAACAGUUCUCUUAAAAAUGAAACGGAGAUUAAUGGAAGAAGACUAAGUAGUCUUGUUCCAUUGACAAAAUAUUCAACAACACAUGAUCAUAGAAACUAUAAAUUUAUCAGGUAAUUUCUUUGUUUUUUUAUGGCUCUUUAAUUCCCAAGGGAGUAAUGAAACAUUCAUGACAUAGAUAAUCUUACCUCCUGGAUUCCUUUGCCAAGACAAGUGAAACACUUAAACAAGAGAAAUGCAUUGGGGUAAUGUAUCUUGUCAGGUCAAAAAAAGCGAAUCGAAGAUGGCUGCCCUCUUUGCCGCCGCUCCUCACAU